CCAUUAGUUGUUCUUUGGUUUUCUUUCUAGAGAUACACAAAUGUCAAGUUAUCCACUGUGGAAAAUCGGGUUCGGUUGUGCCCUAACUGCGGCCAUUACUUACAUUUCGAUAUGGUGGAUGAAAAGUAACAAGAAACUGGGCGACAAUAGCAGGUCCACAUCCGAAUUGCAUACUGAAAAAUGGUUGAAAGUCGGUAAAGUGAAGGAAUUGUUUUUCUAUCCGUUAAAGUCGGGGCGGGGAAAGAAUGUUCUUGAGUGUAAAUUUACCGAGUUUGGUAUCGCAAUUAUGGGAAGCGGUCAAUUCACUCUAAGAGAUAGAAUGUUCCUCGUGUACAAUGAAGAAAACGGAAAAUUCGUAACAGCAAAAAAUUACUCGAAGCUGGUUCUAGUUAAUUUGUAUGCCGAAGACCAACUGAAUGUACGACUUCAAGCAAAUGGGAUGCAGUCAAUAGUGUUUGAACCCCAAAACUAUAAAAGUCCUAUCGCCGACUGUUCAAUGUGGUUUGAUGACCCAAUGAAAUGUAUAGACUGUGGUGACGGGCCUGCAGAGUGGAUAUCAAUGUUUUUGACUGGUAAAAAGUCUGGAUUACGAUUGGGUUUCACAACCUACCAAAAACGCAAUCUGCACCAAGGACCAUGGGAAAAAUUCACCAAAGUUUACACAACGUUGAGUAAUGACGACACUGGCUUAUUUGCCGACAUAACUAGUUACAUGCUAAUGACGCAGUCAUCGUUGAACGAGUUGAAUAAAAAAUUGGACCGACCAGUUACAUCUCUUCAGUUCCGACCGAAUAUUGUCGUUUCCGGAACCGAACCAUUCGUUGAGGAUAAAUGGGAAUGGAUAAAGAUUGGCGAGGAUGUUAUUAUCAGAAAUGUUAAGCCCUGUCCCAGGUGUGCCGUCAUCCGAGUCGAUCCUGAAACAGCUAACGUUGACGAUGAGCCGUUGAAAUGUUUGCGCACAUUGCGCGCACAGAAGGACCCGAACAAAAUUAGUGUGGAUGGAACAGCACCCGUUUUUGGAAUUUAUUGUGGGCUCUAUUCAAAUGGAAACGUUGCAGUUGGUGAUGAUGUUUUUGUGUACUCGGAAUAAACGAAGAUGACACUAACA